UGUUGUCAUGGAGAUGACUGUAAUUACAGUGUAUAUCCGUUAUGAGGUUCUUCAACUGAGAGAAGAAUAUCGUGUUGUCGCUUUGUUCGCAUGUGCAUACUAAUCCAAGUUCCUUGGGAGUCAAGAUUUAACCAGCAACAGGAUGGCCGUACGCGUGUCUGUGCCAGUUAUUACUCGCAAGAAGACAGUUCCAUCAAAACACAACCCAAAUACCUUUCGUGUUGUUUGCUAUAAUGAAGACAGUAAUGUAAGAAAAUACCCAGAUACAUCUCCUGCUAUUCGGGCCCAGGAUCCACUUGGAAUCUAUGGAAACAAGCGUCCAAAUAUUUUGUCUUAUGAUACUAAGGUCCUGUCUUCAUCACUGUAUGAUUACCGUGCCAAUAAUCCUUACCACAAGACUUGUGGCUUUCUGAGACAAAACUACCACAUGCUCAACAGACCAGUAUGUUAUAUGCAGACAGAGGGUCAGCCUGAAGGACACUGGAUAGCACCAACCCUUCAUCAAGAGAAAUUUCCACAACCACCAUAUGGACAUGGUACAAUUUCUCGAAGAGAUUACUCUACCUUUGCCGUGUCAGCAAGUAGAAAAGUAGAGAAGGACAAGAUGAAACCAUACAAACUGAAAGCCCCAUGGGACAAGACAGAUGAUAGUUUGAUUGAAAAGAUUUCCUAUGAACAUUGCUAUGAUUGUCGGAAAAAGAUAAACUACCCCAUCCGUGGAAAGCGCCAUGGUGCUUUUACUUGGAAAAUGCUACCAAAGGAAAUUAGUGAAAAACAAGAGCAGAAGAAAGAACCAAUCUUUUUAACUGAUGAAAAUUGUAAAAUCACUGUUAAGGAAGAUACUAUAUAAAAAAACAAACCAAUAUAUUUUCAUUAAAAAUAUUCUUAAAAAAAAACAUCACA